CAAUGUAUGCGUCACCACCACCGGUCACGGCCGCGUCAUUUCCUGCAAAGGGGGUGGUCGAGGCCGGGCAGUGCACUGCAGAUGAUUGCAUUGAUCGAUCUCGUCUGUUCUCGUCCAUUCUGCGGGUUUUCUCACUAGGGUAGAACCGGGGUCAUCACGUGUGAUCACUGAUGCUUCGAUCUGGUUGCCUAUCUGAGACAACUUGUAAGAUUUUCGACACUGUUUCGCUCAAUUCAUGGAGCUGCUCCGUGAAGAUUGGCCAAUGCCGAGCUUCCCAACCGCGCAUACAAAUUCUCCCGAUCUUGACGUCCUUUCCCUUGUCUUAUAAUCGCAACCGUCCCCCUCCGUCUUCCCCCUUCAUUUCUUCUUAUCCCUACCUUUUGCAUGCCUAUCGCCCAGAUGCAUUGCAAGGCUUCAUUGCCUCAGGUGCAACACAUACCACUACAAACUACCUUUCAUGGCGUGCAGCAUGCGGUUUCAACGCCUGACGCCCAGGUUCAUCAGUAUCGCGGCAUUAAAUAUGCCGCUAUACCCGCCCGUUUUCGCCAGUCCAAACUUUUCUCUUCCUACAAGCCCGUAACGGAUGCGACAAAAUACGGAUCUAUAUGUCCUCAAUACAAAAGCAGGAAAAGCUUCGAAGAGGCCAUCUUUGGUCUCAGCGACGAUGAUAUACCCAAGCAGUCCUUGAAGCAAAAUGAGUUCGAGUGCCUCAACGUGAACAUCACCACGCCCGCUGGUCUUACCCCGCACUCCCGUUUACCUAUUAUGGUGUGGGUGCACGGAGGGGCUGACAGAGGCACUGGCUCCAGCUGGGUCUACGACGCGGGUGCAUUGGUCCAUCGUAGCAUUCGCAUAGGCAAACCGAUUAUCAUGGUCACAUUCAAUUUUCGGCUUGGCCUUCUUGGCUUCGCUGCCGGUCCCAUGUUACGUGAAGACAACAAAUCUGCGGGCGAUGAGGGUGUGGGAAACUAUGGCCUACGCGACCAACGUAAAUUACUUGAAUGGCUUCACCACUUUAUUGGAGAUUUUGGCGGCGAUCCUAGCAAUAUAACAUUGUUUGGGGAAUCGACGGGAGCGGCUGAUAUCGUAUCUCACCUCUUGUCUGAGGCCAAUGAAUCAAGACCUCUUUUCCAGCGAGCAAUAGUCCAGAGUGCGAUCCUGGAACCUAACGCUCCGGACGUCUCAGCCGCAGGAUGGCAUCUGUCUAGACUCAUGUCAGCACUGCACGUCACUACAGUCGAACAGCUCCGCACCAUCGAUGCCGACAAGCUCUUCGCGUUUGGCCAGACUCUUCGCAGCGUCGACGACGGUGUCUUCUUCCGCCCGGGAUGGAGAGCCUACUUUCAACCAGACGAUGCGCACCUCCGAGACCACCAUCUGUUCUCUGACCUUCUUUCAGUGCACAAGAUGUCCAAAAGGCCGUCGCGCUCGCCCCAUCCGAACGCCGGCCCGAACACUUUCCAUCCCCCAGCGAACCUUCAGCCUCUCAUAAUAGGUGACUGUGCCUCCGACUCGCUCGUGUGGUCACUGCACGCCGCCCAAUGGACGGCCCCCGCGGUCGUGCGCCGCAUCAAGGCCGUCUGUCAGUCCCUAUCCAAAAGCUCCAACCUCAUGCACGCCUAUGACAUCUCCUCAUACACCUCCGACGACGAGGUCGUCGAGCGCGUCCUGGACUUGAUCAACGACGCCCGUGUCGCAUGGCCCACCGAAUGCGUAGCCCAGUCCGCUCGGCGUGAUCGCGGUGGCCAUGGGGUCUGGCGGUACGUCUUUGACCAAGACGGCCCGACCGUCAACCUCCCGCACCACGCCGUCGACCUGGUCUACCUCUUCGACAACGUCCCGCUGCCUGAAUCCGUCCGGUCGCCUUCGUCGUCUAUGAUGUCCAUCGAUAGCGGGUUCUGCGACUUUGACGAUGUGGAUGAGGACGAUGACAUGCUGGGGAGCACCAGCAGCAGCAGCGACGAGGAAGAGGAGGAGGGGUGUUCGUGGAUGCAGCCGUGUGUCGACCAGUGGUCGUAUACGCACGUCAGGGAUACGAUGCAGGAGAGAUGGAUCGCAUUUGCCUACGGCGAAGCGCCGUGGAAUGACGAGAAGGUGUUUGUGUUUGGGCCGGAAGGCGAGUCGGGGGAACGCUCGGCUUGUAUCUUUGAUGGGAGGAGGAGGAAGCAGGCGUGGAGGGAGGCGUUCGAGCCGCUGGGGAUGCAGAUUAUACAAAAAGUUGGCGGGGAGCUGAGUAGGGGCCCGCCGUUGAAUAUGAGGCCGUAUUAG